AUAAAGUUUUUGUUGCUUACGUAGGUCUCCUCAUCAGGGUUUCAACAUCUAUAUAAGGAAAGCAGGAUUAACACCUACACAGAAUUACAGAGAAAAAAAGGAAUAUAACUUUGUUUGAAUGCAUUUGUUUCAACGUAAGUUUAGUUGCAUAGUUCUGUCGAAUACAAUAAAAGGCUCUCUGAAAAAUAGUGUUGUGGGAGACAAAAAAAUCAGGGGCAAGCAAUGAGGGACUUGGAAGAGAUAGCAUUUUCUAAAGCCAAUGUUCAACGUAUUGCCAUGGUUGAAAAUUUCUUUGGAGGGUGUGGCCAACCACUUGCUAAAGAUGGACGUAUACUUGUUGGUGAAGGAAUACUGAGAAAAGAAUGCAGAAAAACAAUAAAAAUCAGAAUGUUCUUUCUGUUCAGUGACAUCCUGGUGUAUGGAAAGAUUUUGAUUAUGAAUAGGAAGUACAUUAGUCAGCAUAUUAUUCCUCUGUCAGGUAUCACUGUGGAAUCCCUACCAGAUAUGGAAAAAAUCCAGAAUCGUUGGAUGAUCAAGUCUGAGAAAAAAUCGUUUGUAGUAUCCACAGGAACUCUUAAGGAGAAGAAGGAGUGGAUACGUCAUAUUGAGGACUGUGUAAAGGAUGAAGCAAUGAAGACUGGUAGAAUAUCAACUGUAGAGCUCGCUGCGCCUUGGAUACCUGACAGUGCCUCUGAUAUCUGCAUGCGAUGUACAAAAAUUAAAUUCAGUUUUAUACAGAGAAGACAUCACUGCAGAAAAUGUGGGUUUGUGGUAUGUGGUGACUGCAGUAACCAAAAGUUAAUGAUACCCACAAUAUCUAAAGAGCCUCAGAAAGUGUGCUUGUUGUGUUAUAACAUAGUGAUUUCCAAAGAAUGGAAACAGCAGCAGGAGCAAAAGUCACAUGUAAAGCAUAUUGGAUCUUUUUUUCCAGGAUACAAAACAUUUAAUUGCAUUGAUGACAAUGAUAAACCUACCAAUAACACGUUUGUUCAAUCAGCAAUUCAAGAGGAUUAUUCAUCGUUUAGCUUGCACUCCUCCUUCCACAGUUAAAUUUCUUGAAAACUAUCCUGUAAAAUUUGUUACAGUUGUGUAUCUAAAGGCUAAACACCAACUUUAAUGACAAUUUUUCACACACAGACCAGUAUAUAUUAUCACAAUAUUAAGGUAUACAAUGGUGAAGCAUUAAUUGUGUUUAUGUCUCUGAAGAAAUUGUUUAAAAUAAAACAGUAUGUGCUGUUGAACUUUA